AUGGGUGCGCCUGUGUGCAUGUGGCUGGUGCUGAUGACGGCUGCCCCAGCAGAGGCGAAGCAAGUACUGGUGACCGGAGGCGUUCUAAGAAGUCAUCAUUUGGCAGUGGUGCCUGUGGUGGAGGGCUUGCUGGAACGAGGUCACAACGUGACCUUUGCUCUUCCAAACACCAGCGAAGCCCGCGGUUGGUUUCCAAAGGGCAUUGGCGGCGCAAACUUGGUAUACAUGGGAGACGAAUCGGCAUCCGUGUCAAGCGUGAAAUUCCCAGACAUGAAAAACCUUCGCUGGCACGAACGCAUCCCUGUGUGGGGCCGUAUGAUCUGGAAUGGAAGGUCCUUGCUGGAGAGGCCCCUCGUUUCGAUGCUGGAUGAUUUCCGCGGACUGCUGGAGCAAAACAAGUUUGAUGCUGCCUUCUCCUCAGCCAUGUCGAUUAGCUGCAACGCCGCACUGAAGAGUUCCUCUUUGCCGUGGGUAGGUUUCGUCAGCCUACCUCCCAUCCCCCAGAUGGUGCUCAGCGACACCGAGGAGGUUUGCAAGUAUCCCAACUUCUGGAAUCCCCGGUCGGUACCGGACCUGCAGUCUUCCCUACUGAAGCGUGCGCAGAACCGUGUGGAGUGCAUGAUGCAGCGGGCCUUCUUUCACGUCGGCUUCUUGGUGAUCAACUCCCUUCUGCAGGGCAAGGGCCUGGAGCCCGCCAAGGACUUCACCAACCUUUUCUUGGCUGCACGCAUCAACGUGCUCCUGGGCGGGCCGCCGCUUUCCCUGCCCAUCAAGCUGCCACAGAGCGUGCACGUUGUCGGGACAGUGGAGAGGCCUCGGCCACGAAGCCUGCCGACAGCCCUCGGUCGAUGGUUGGAUGGCGCCAGCGCAGCACCCGCGCCAGUCAUCUACAUGUCCAUGGGAACCAAGUAUGAGUUUACCGAGUCCACGUGCUCGAACUUCGUUGCAGUCCUCCAGGCCCUGAUGUCCAGCGGCUUCCGCAUCCUCUGGGCCUUGCGUGCCGCGCAGCAAACGGCCUUCCAGCACCUGCUCCCGCCCGGAGGCGAGAAACUUCUGAUCGAGGAAUUCACGCCGCAGCCCGAGGUGCUCGCUCACCCGGCGGUCAAGGUCUUCUUAUCUCAUUGCGGAUGGGGCGGUGUCACGGACACUUUGGCGGCAGGUGUGCCGGUGCUGGCGUACCCUUCCUUCGUGGACCAGCUGGACAAUGCCCAGCGCCUUGUUGAGGUUGGCGCCGCGGUACUGGUGCUUCCAGACUUCUCCAAUCUGGUGCAAGCGGCGAAGGCGGUGCUCGGAAACGCCAGCUUCGUUGAGGCGACGCGCGCAGCAGCUUCGGAUCUGCAGAGAUACGGCGGCCUCGAGCGCACCCUUGACCUGGUGGAAGAAGUCGCGGAGGGCCGCUUUCCGGACAUGUUGCCCCAUGCAAAAGCAAAGAUGAGCGAGCUGGACCCGCUGUUUCUCAGAGACCAUGGGCCAGAGAAGGCCCUAAGCAUGUGUUUUGCACUGCUAGUGUUCCUCUCCCUGUCGUGCUGCUGCGGCCUCUCGAUUCGUUGCUGCUUCCGGUGCUGCUGCGCAAGCACCAGAGCAGCCACAACGGGCGGCAAGAAGGUGAAGGACCAGUAG